CGUGAUGUUUUAUCAUAAUGAAAUAACGGUCCAGGCAGUAAACGGGGGAGAAAUCUUAUUUAUCACACUACCUUUCUGCGGUGGAGCGCUGACCAUCGGAAUUAAUUAUCCCUCCACAGAAGAAAGACUCCGCUAAAGUAAUAUGACCUCAGACCUCAAAUAAUAAACGCGCUGCUACACUAGAGGUGGAGAUGCAGUGCGCUUUGACGGCGCGUUAGGGACCCAGUUCCACUGCUGCCUUCCUCUGCCAGCCUCCUUCGGGGGAGACGGGCUCAUGGAGAAGAAUCAGUCAGUCCGCAGUGAAGGAUUGAUCAAAUGCCUUUUACAAAACAAGACCGUUAGAUGAAUCAAGGAUUAACCUGACGACCAAUGGCUCUGAAACAUGCGCGCGACAGCCCCGACGAUUUGAUCGUUGGUGGGAUAAACAAUGCUGCUGCUCGCGCGCUUGGCUCGACUGAAUGGAUAGUUGUGGGGAUGAGAGCCACCUUCUGUUCUCCCAAACACGGAAAGACACUGGGGCUCGAUGGAAUGCUGUCCAAAUGGCUUCUGCCUGUCGCUUUAGUUUUGUUGGUGAUGCAGUCGGCCACGGCGGCUGAUGAUGAAGGCCGUCAGCCUCAGUCAGCGGGGCUUGGAGGUAUGCCUGUGGCCCCAGCGCUGCAUGCCAACCUAUCCUCCAGAGCAGGGGCCAUGGCUGGGACUGGGGCUGGGGUAGCAGCAGAGAUGAAGGAGGAUGAAGGGGGUCACCAGCUAGCCUUGCCCACAGACUCUGGUGCAGUUUCUGAUAAAGCAUCAGACAGGGCCAGGGAGCAGCCAGCCUUCUCCUCGGUUCUGACCGUGGUGGCCAACCCUGACCAGAGAUCACAGGGGUCAAAGAGCCAGCAACCACAACAGGGGUCAAGCAGGAGCCCAAAGCUCCCACCUAAAGCCCAGGCCCCAAUUGUAGUGUCCAAGGUCCAGGCUACGGUUUCAGUACCUAUGGUCCAAUCUCCAGUCGUGGUGUCUAAGGUCCAGUCUCCGGUUCUGCAGUCCAAACAACCCUCGACCCUCAGUUCUGGCAGUCAGACCACAGGGCCCAUGUCUGUACCAGCAGAAACUGCAGAGCCAGGACACACAGGCAGUACCAACACCAGCACAAGCCCAGCAGACCCGUACGAGGAGCACACAGGCUCCCUGCGCCUCAUCACCAUCAAGCCCAUGGCCAGCCAGCCCACCUUCUCCUACCCCUCCUCCUCCAGCCACAGCCAGGACUCGGUGGCGCUUAACGGAGAGGUGAACCUGGGCUUGAAGCAGAAGUCAGACAUCGAGCACUACAGGAACAAGCUGAGGCAGAAGGCCAAAAGGAAGGGCUUCUCCCUCUCCGACAACGGUAGCCACGGUUACGGGCACAGAGACAGACACAGCCGUCACGACAACAGCAAGGAGCCAAUGACGGCGGAGGAGAAGAGGGCCUCGUUCGCAGGCUGUCAUCAGAGACACCCCCACACCACGACCAGGGAACCAGCCUACUGGAGCCGCCAGUCCCUGUCCAGCCCCAGCCCCGUGGAGGCAGAGAUGGACCUGCUUGUGCUCCAGGAGAGGUCCAGGAGGGGCAUACGCAACAGCGGCUACGACGGGGAGCCCGAGCCCUUCGAGGAGACCAACGUGGACCGCCUGAUGAGCUCGCUGGGCUACGGAGGCAGCCACAGGGUCACGGGUCACUCGGACUCCUCCACGCUGAGCUCCCAGCCGUCCAUCGACGAGGUCCGCCAGCAGAUGCACAUGCUCCUGGGGAACGCCUUCGGUCUGGCGCCGGACGAGCCCCCCCCUCCCGCCUCAGGCGCCGCCGCCGCCAGCCACCACCGCCACCCCCACCACCACGGCCACCCGCACAGCUCCUACAACCCCAGCCACACCAGCCCCUACUCGGAGGGGGUGACCAGCGCCCCGGGCACCAUGAACCACCCCUGUGGGGGGCGCCAGAGGCCAGGCUACGGGGAGAUGCACCAGUGUAGCUUACCCAAGCCUGGUUUUAGGUUCACACAGCUUCCUGACAUGGGUCUGGGGUCUCCGCCCCCUCUCAUCCCCUCCCGCCCCGGACCCCCCCUGGGGAGCGCGCUCAGACGCUCCACCCCUGACGUCAGCCUGAAGCCGCACGUGUCAGAGGUCUCGGAGCUCCACACCGCCCCCUAUCUGCCGCUGUCCAGAGCUCCCUUCCCUGCUGUCACUGUAGACCAGACCAUGACCAGCUACUCAGGAAACCCAAUGACAGCAGUCUACGCCAUAUCUGCCAACCGCCCUGGCUACUCGGACUACUUUGUCAUGUCGCCCCCCUCCUCCUACAGGAGCCCCUCCUGGAUGUCGUACCCCCCCGAGCCUGAGGACCUGCCCCACCAGUGGAACGACACGAACCCUCGUCAUUUAGAAACGAUAUGCUGAAGAGACAAGAUGGUCGACACUGAGAUCAUCCAGCAAACAGUGUCACCUUGGAGGGCUCACCUCUAACUGAGAACCCCGGACUCCCCUCAACCCCCCUUUGACCCCCCCUCUACCCUAUCUUCUUUCUCCAGACCAGCCCCAGACGGGCCCCGCCCCCCCCCCCCCCCCCAGCACAGUCAGGUCUGCUCUCUGAGCCCCAGGGCCCCAGCAGGCCUCCUGAGGGCCCCGGCCUCCAUCUCAACUUUCACCUGUACCCAGCAGGGCGUGGCACCGAGGCCCCCCUCCCUUCCUCUCUCUCAAUCACAGUCUCCAUACUGCAGCGCCACCCGCUGGUAUAGCUGACUGACUGACUGACUAACUGUGCUUUUUGAUGAAUAUUCAAUCCCUAUAUGGGAAGAAGAGUUUUACCUACUACUGGUGAUGGUUAUGUGUAUUUUAAAAACAACAACAAAUGAAAAAGAAAAUCGAAGAAAAAAAACCUGUCUUGAGCUGUCUCCGUUUUGGUUUUUGGAUAUUUGUGUACGUUGUCAUUUAUUUUUGUGAAUUAAAUAAUAUUAUCAUUUUCAAUGGAGAAAAAUAAAUCUAGUGGGUGUA